UGCUAGUCAUCUGGCCCAUAGAUGCAGACAAUGGCCCCGUUUCGGCAUAGCCAAGCGUUAGGAUCUUAUUCGAACAAGUCCAAAGCUAUAGUGCUGAUUCCUUGCGGACUUAUAAAGACUGUAAUGCCGCAACAUGAAGUGAAUAGUGAAUACUUAUAGUCACCAGUCGCCAUCUUCUCGCUGCAAUUCUGAGUUCCCAACACUCAUCAAACACUUGCUUACACUUCACUUACAUCUCCAACAAACCGCAAACAUGCCUCACUGGCUCAUCUACCACCCCCCCUCCGUCUAUCAGGACACCGAGUCCAAAGACUCCCUAGCCAAAGCCAUCACCGCCUUCUACACCGGCGUAGGCAUGCCCGCCUUUUACGUCGUCGUCCAGUUCAUCGAGGUGCCCUUGACCAGCACCUACAUCGGCGCCCACACCAGAGACGCCAGCGACAAGCCCUUUAUCCGCCUCGUCGCCACGCACAUUGCGCACAACUACCCCAACGACGAUGCCGUGAUUCGUGCGGCUGGCGAGAAGUUCAACAAGCUGCUGACGGCGGAGAUUAAGCCCCUGGGAUAUGACUGGGAGUUUCACAUUGCCGAGACGGAUAGGCGGUUGUGGAAGGUUAAUGAGUUUACGCCCCCGGAGAGACGGACUGAGGGGGAGGCGCUUUGGGUCAAGGAGAAUAAGCCGGUGCCUUAUUGAUAGAUGUCCCGGGAUUCAGAAAUACGUUUUUGACAACGCAAUACUCCAUACUGCUUCU